ACCAGUAUUGUAUCAAGACUCCUUAUGGCCCUGGGCUGAAAUUUUUUUCACACCAAUACUUUUAGCCUUCUGUAAUUUAAUUAAUUUGUACUAAAAUUCUAAAGUGGAUUCGUUGUAUUUAGAACUUGGGAUCUUUAGAAACAUCAUCACUAGAGCGCAGUGUUGCAUUUUAGUUACGUCACUUCCAGGCGUGGUGUUUAAUCGUGUGUGCUCUGUGCGUGCGCUGAAAAUGGCCGUGAUGAACAGUCAAACGUACGAAAUUCUGUGAUUUUUCCGUAUUUGUGGUUUUCCUAUGUAGAUGUUAUCGUGUGAUUGUGAUUACGAAAUCGUACUCAAGUUUCAGUGAAAAAAGGGCGUCGACACGCCAAGUGUUUUUUGCAAAGUGAAGUCUGAGGAAUUCGCGUAUGCGAAAGGAUUUUACCGCAAAAUAAGGUGCCUUGGAUUUUCAUUUGUAAUUCAGAAAUGGAUCAGAAACUUCACAUUAAUGGAUAUCUGAGAAAUAAAGUUAAAAGUUACUUUUACAAUUAAAGGAUUUUUUUUAUCAAGAUGCGGGAGAGAUUUAAUAUGAUCCCCUGGAAAUUAACGGGGAUCUGAACAAUUUAUAUUAAAUUUAAUUAAUUGGAAUUUAUUAUUUAUAAUAUAAAAAAAAUGAAGAUUACUUGAAGCUGAUGCAACUUCCAAAUGAGUUUUUAAAGCUGAUUGAAAGAUUAAUUAUCAGGAAUUACUUCAAAAACCAAUAUUAAUUACCAACUUGUGUUUGAUCAUGAAAGACUUGGUAUUUCUCAAAAUUUAUUGAGACUAUGUCUUUUAACAGAUAUUUUCAUAAUUUUCUUAGGUGAAAGUAACUUCGUCAAUUAAGUAUUAUAGUGAAUGCUUUUAGUUUUGUGCACUAUGUAAAAAAAAGAGGUGUGCAUCGGUGUGUUAUUUUUUUUUUAUCAAAACUAGUGAAAUAAUUUUACAACAGUCAAUAUGUCGUUUUUUCUAUCAAAUUUGAAGAAAGCACUCCACUUCGGUGGCAAUGAUGCAAAGAAGAAAAAACUUUAUAACAACAUCAAAAUGGAUUGCGAUCCAGAAGAAUUUUGGGAAAUGGUUGGAGAAUUGGGAGGUGGCGCUUUUGGAAUUGUGUAUAAGGCACAGCAAAAACAAACGCAUCAGCUGGCUGCUGCAAAGAUGUGUGCACUUGAUGGCGAAGAUGAUUUAAGUGACUUUAUGAUUGAAAUAGACAUAUUGUCAGAAUGUAAGCAUCCUAAUGUAGUCGAACUUUAUGAAGCAUUCUUCACAGAAGGCAAAUUAUGGAUGUUAAUUGAAUACUGUGAUGGUGGCGCAGUUGAUUCAAUAAUGGUUGAAUUGGAAAAAUCAUUAACCGAACCACAAAUAGCAUAUGUUUGUCAAAAUAUGGCCAAAGGUCUGUCAUUUUUGCACAAAUCCAAAGUUAUACAUAGGGAUCUAAAAGCAGGCAAUGUUUUGCUGACAAUGCAAGGCGGUAUUAAAAUAGCUGAUUUUGGGGUCUCGGCUAAAAAUAAACAAACCCUACAAAAACAUGAUACUUUUAUUGGAACGCCCUAUUGGAUGGCGCCAGAAGUAGUUUUAUGCGAAACAUUCAGGGACAAUCCUUACGAUUUUAAAGUGGAUAUUUGGUCUCUAGGUAUAACUUUAAUAGAAUUUGCACAAAUGGAACCACCAAAUCAUGAAAUGUCUCCAAUGCGAGUCCUAUUGAAGAUUCAAAAAAGCGAUCCACCAAAGCUUGAUCAACCUGGCAAAUGGAGUAAAGAAUUUAAUGAUUUCAUUGCCAAGGCAUUAAUUAAGGAUCCCGCUUCAAGACCAACGUCUGAAGAAUUACUUAAGCAUUCAUUUAUUAAUCGAACUCUAGAUUCAAAACCGAUUAGGGAUUUAUUACUCGAAUAUAAGGCUGAUGUUGUGGAAGAAGAACUUGUUGACGAAGAAGCUGAGGAGCAGCGCACGUCACAGCUUCCACUGGAACUGGAUCAACUCGGAGAUGACUCUGCAUCUGUACGCAGUGACAUUGACGUUAAGGUUAAUGAUAAAGAAACGACAAUUGCACCACCCGUAUCUGUUAAGAAGGAAGAGAGCAACAAACGAGAAAUUACUCGCGAUGGCGAGAAGGAAGAAAGAAACAAGAAAAUACGAAAAACUGACUCUAAGGAAAAUAUUCCAUUAUCAGUUGAAAAGAAACAGGCACCAAAACCGCCAGCUACGGGUGAGACAAAUGAAAGAAGACUGUCCAGAGAAAAAGGUCCAGCACCACCUCCACCACCAUUGCCACGUCAAGAUAGUAAAAAUGACGAGAAAGAAAAUGUUCCAAAAAUUGAGAUAACAGAUCGUCCCAAAUCGGCAGCAAUUGAUGAUAACAAACAACAAAUUAAAAAUGUAUCAAUGCAAAAUCAUAACAAGGAGGAUUCGUCGAAUCUCAACGGCGAAAGUCAAAAGUCAAUUGAAAAAAAUAUUUCAAUGGAUAAUUUGGAAAAAAUUAAAUCACCAAAGGUUGAGGAAAAUGCAAGAAGUCCCGAAAAGAAAAAUGUUGACAUUAGACCAAAAUCAGCAGAAGGCAAAAGACAUUCGGGAAGUAAAAAACAAAUGAGUAUUGAGGAGAAGAGAAAAUCCGCACCAGUACGUCCCGUAUCUAGUGAUGAAUGGAAGAAACCUGUUUUAAAUAAACAGUGUUCAUUGGAAGAGAAAAACAGACUUGAACGAAAACCGUCAAUUGAAAAUAUUAAAAGCAUUCAGGAGAAACGUCGAUCCGUGGAGGAGAAACUUAAUGCUGUGUUGGAAAGGCAAAUAUCAAUGGAAGUUGGAAAACGUAUUAAUGAUUCCAUUGCCGAAAAUGCGAAACAACCACCGAAAACGCGAAAUUCUACCUUCUCAGAAAAGAGUUCUGUCAAAGCCAGUUCAACAGGGGAUAUUAAAAAGAAUUCGGAGAUUCGUGAAGAUCUUGAAAAAUGUCGUAGCGAAGGUUCUUCUAGAAAUGAUUCGUAUGAAAAUGUCUCAAAACCUAGUCGUGAAAGUCCACCAGGACAGCGUACAAGGGACAGGAGAGCUUCUGGUUCUGCGGUUAAUGUUGCCGUUAUUACAUCAACGCCUAAUAGAAGCAAAAGUAUAUCAAGAUGCGGAAGUGGAGAUAAUAUUGUUGUUAUUACUGGAAAAUCGGCAAUUGAUCAGGAAAUGCGUCUAAACACUUCAACAGUAAGGAUCACGACUGAAACUCCAGAUCCGUCAAACAGUCUUGCGAGCAAUGUGAGUCAAGUGACAGUUGUUACAACUCAUCCACCAGUUCUUGUUGAUGCAUCAUCAACACCACCACCAAGACAUUCCUCGCCAACGUCAGAGGUUGUUAUCGUCGCUAACGAGACAAAUAAAACACAAGUAAACGAAAGCUCAACUGACGAUGAUGGAUUUCCUAGUCUCGAUAGUUUGGAGUAUACACCUCAAGAACAAUCAAUUGUCAUUACGGACGCAAGUAAGAAAAUUGGUAAAAAGUUAGAUGAAUCCGAAGUCAUCAUAGUCAGUCCAAUAGUGGACGAGUUACAAGAUACUAGUCACGUUUCAGUUGUUACAGUUGGUGACGAGCAAGAACAAGUGAAAGAUUCAUCUGUUAUCGGUAAAUGCAAUGUUGUUCGAACAGGUUCAUCAUUGAGUGAUAUUAGUUCAACUGAAAGAUCCAGUGACAGUGGUGAUGAAACAAGUAAAACAUCAAUGAUUAUAGCGAGUUCCAAAGUUGAUACAACCGAGGUUGACGAUGCUGGACGUAAGGCACCAAUUAAAAUGAAUGGCCAACUUAAGAAUAAUCAACCAUCGCAUGUGAAUAGAAUUCCAAAAAUACAAAAACAAAGUGAAACUAAUCUCAAAACACAACAAAAAGAAAAACGUGUUUCUCCAGAUAGCUACGAGGGUUCUCGAUCACACAGUGAUUCUGGAUCAACACGAUCUUAUACACCGAGUAAGAGUGUUGAUCGUUCAGACGCGGAAUCAAUUUCAACAACCAUCAGUCAGGACAGUCGAGGAUCAAAUAAAGAAAAUCACAUUGGCCGUGAAUCACGACAAUCUUCCGAAAUCGAUGAUGAAGUGGUUCUUCGUCGCAAACCAGAAUAUAAUCGCGACGUUCCACGAACAACGCGGACUAAAGAAGACAUACAAAUGAUGAAUCUAAAGAAAAAGACGCGAAAGCGAACAAGAAAAUUUGAAAUUGAUGGUGUUGUUGUCACUACCACAACAUCACGUGUUAUUUACGGUGACGAUGAAAAUGGAAAAGUGUAUGAUGAUCAAAUAUUCAGAAAACAGGAAUUACGUGAAUUGAAAAUGUUACAAAAAAUGGAACAAAAACAAUUUCAAGAUCUCUCGCAGAAAGCACAAUGUAAUAAAGAUCAUCAGGAGAAACGUUUUGAGCAAGAGAGACAAUUAUUGGAACGUGGUGCUGAGGCCGAUUUAGAAAUGCUCGCUCGACAACAGAGACAACAAAUUGAACGCGCUGAAACACAACAAGAAGCCGAUUUAAGGUUAGCGUCGAAAAAAAUUCGUAGCGAACAAGAACGUGAAUUAAAACAAUUCCGCGAGGGACUGAAACAAGAUUUGAGACUGAUUAAACAAGAAGUUGAUUUAAUGCCCAAAGAAAAGCGAAAGAAUGCAUUUAAAGUGCGUAAAGAAAAACUCGAAUCCGAACACGAGGAUCGUGAGAAAUUAUUCUUGGAGAAAUUGAACGAAAAUCAUGAAAUGUCAUUGAGACGUUUGUCGGAUAGUCAUCGUGAAAAAAUAGCCCUCAUGGAGAGACAAUUUCUUCAACAAAAACAACAAUUAAUGAGAGCACGUGAAGCUGCCAUUUGGGAAUUGGAGGAACGUCAAAUUCAUGAGAGACAACAAUUAUUAAAGAGACAAUUGAAGGAUAUCUUUUUCUUACAACGGCAUCAAAUGUUGAUUAGACAUGAAAAAGAAUUGGAACAAAUGAAACGAAUGAAUCUUCGAAAGGAGGAGGAAUUAAUAAAACGACAGACAAUUGAACGUAGAAAUUUGCCAAAACGAAUUCGUAAUGAGAUGAAGGCACGAGAAAUGAUGUUUAGGGAAUCGAUGAGAAUUUCUAUAACGUCGACAACACCUGAUCCAGAUGCCGAGAGAGAUAAGUUGAAGAAAUUCCAGGAGAACGAGAAGAAAAGGUAUCGAGCGGAACAGCAACGUUUUGAAUUAAAGCACUCGCGACAACUCGAGGAAGUUAAGGCUCAGUGCGAUGCAAAUAUCAAGGAACUUGAACAAUUGCAAAAUGAGAAGAGAAAAAUGCUGAUGGAGCAUGAGACAAUGAAAUUGAAGGAACAAGAAGAGGCUUAUACCAAGGAGUUGAGAGAGUGGAAAACUCUAUUGAAACCACGUAAACAGAAACUGGAAGAACAAUUUGCAUUGCAAUUGGAAGAACAGGAAUUAAUUUAUGGACCUAGUGCUAUUCCUCUGUGCCUGCCACCAGAUUUACCUGAUCUUACACAUCAUACAGCUAAUUCAACACGAAGUUCAUUAUCUUCCGUUAGUGAGGGUUAAAAAUUGACAAAAAGAUAUUAUUCGAUUUGUCUGAGAAUAAUUGAAUUAAAGACUACAUAUUGCGUUAGUUGUUAUUCUUCCAAUUAAAUCUGCUGAGAAACAGUUAAAAAUGUGCUGAUAUAUGAGGAAAAAAACAACAGAUUCUUAAUAAUGGAAUUGUGAUUUAAUGAAAAAAAUACAUCUUCCACACUGAAGAAUUUUUUUACUCAACACUUCAAAUUCCAAGAGAGUCUCGUUUUUCUUUUUUCUCAAAAAAUAAAAAAAAAAAUACUGGAAAAAGUUUUGCUCAAUAUUAUAUUACGAAGAGUUUUCCAUAUACUCUUCUUGUCAGAGAUUGUUUUUGGCUCAGAAGAAAAAAAUUUGUAAAUAGUUUAUUAUCGACACACAAGGAGAAAGUAUAAUAAUUGGUACAAUUCCGCCUAUAAUCCACCCGAUUAGAGAAGCGAGAAAUAUAUCAACAAUGCACUGAUUUUUAUAGCCUUCUAUUAUAAAUAUAUAUUGUAAGCAUAUACAGAGUCCAUUAAAUGUCAAUUCGAUUGGAAAGAAAGUCACAUAAAUAUAAAAGUAUAAGGGAGAAAUUAAGUGAUGAAGAAUCUUUACGAUACAAUUCUAGGUAUGAUUUUCAAUUUGUUUUAUAAUAAUUAUAUUUUCCAAAUUAUCAAUUUUUUAUCGUUAUUUAAUAUUUUUCUUGAUUUAAAAUUUAAUAAUCUGAAAUAAUUUUUUGUGAAAAAUUAUUUCUGGUUUUUUUUUUUAGUUAAAUGUGAGAUAUAAAUGACGACAAAAGUCAUCUUAUUGUUAUUAUCAUAAGUAGAAUCGUGUUUGGGAUACUUUUUUUCAUUUUUUUUCUCAAGUGCGUACCGGCCUGUAAAUAAGGUACUUCCCACGCAUCGGGUAGGCUAUAUAGUAAUUUCUUAUUCAUGAUGAUUUUAUAAGCAGUACGGUUACGUAGUGAAAUGAAAGAAAGCUAUAUUUUGAGUCUUUUUAAUAAAUUUUAGAGAUUAGAUCGUAGCAAUCGUGUGCAACAUGUGCGUGCCAUGGGGCAUUUUGUAACAUAUUUACCCGCGGAUAAAUAUUAUAUAUAUUAUAUAUAAAUUUUUUGACUUUAGCCUUGAGACUCAUCAGAAAUCAGUUUUUUUUUUGCUAAACUAUCACGAUUCUAAUAUUACUGUUCAAAUAAUGAAAAAAAAAUUAAGUUUGGACUGUUAAUCGUGAUCGUUUGGCCUCUGUAUAGUAUUGUAUAUUAAUGAAAUCAAAUGACAACACCAAAUACAGUAUGCGUUAUUGCGUAGCCUUACAAGCUUUUAACGAAUCUCUAAAAAUUUCAAUGUGCAUGCUUACAUAUUUAAAACAAAAAGAAAAAUAUUUCCCAUAUUGUUGAUAGAAGGGCGAUAAUAUUCUUUUUUUAAUUAUUAAAAUCUAGACCAACAAGAAUUUUUUUAAGAUGAAAAAAAAUUGAAUUAAACAAAUUUUUUGAGGGUCUUCAACUUAAUGAUCACUUUGAAAAUUAAAUUUAUUAUUUGAAAAAAUCGGCAAGAAUAAUUGAUUUACUUUACAUUUAUUAGAUUUGCCCUUUUAUUCGACAAUCAUGUCACAUAGACAAUAGAUUAAAAAAACAAAGAGAAUCCUGUUAAACCUCGAGACGUAUGAUUGUUUUAUAUGAAAAACAAUCUAUAAUACACCAUACCGUACUUUUUAAGGUUUUUCAUUAAAUCUGAGGAUGCUGAAUGGAAAUAAAAUCGUCUAGUGCACUAAAGAAAAAUGCCUUCAUUAAAUCAAAUAAAUAUUGCGCUAAUUACAUGUAAAUAUUAUAUACUAUAAUUACGUGCAGAUAUAUAUGAAUAUUAUCAAAAAAAAGAAAAUAUUUCUGAUAUGAAAACCUUUUUUUCUCAAUGCACAGAUAAUUUUACUUCUUAUAAAUUUUAUUCUAAAAAGGCAUUAUGUUUUGAAUUUUUUGUUUAGUUUCUUUUUGUUUUCAGUUUUCCCGUAACUUAAAAUCAAUUACAUCUUCCAUUUGAUUACGCGGCACAUAUUAUUCAUACUUGCAACAAACAAAUAAACAAAUAUAUGAACAAUUAAAUGUUCAAUUUAUCGCGAGCUUUACGAAGAUAUUGAAAUAUUUUGCGCUGUUUAUUUAUUUAUUUUUUUAUCACAGCCUAUUUUUUAGUUGUGUAUAUUUAUGUAUCGUGGGUGAAUUGUUAAAUAGUUAGAAGUAGAGUUUCCCUCCAUAAGAGACUCGCUUGUACAUAAAAACAAUUAUUAUACAAUAUUAACAUUUAUCGUUGUAGCACAUGAAUAACGAGAAAAAAAGAAAGAAGCUAGCACCUUAAAAAUGUUAUUUUUACAUUUAAUAACAAUUUGUUGCGUUUUUUUUUAUCGGUUCAUUAUGAAACUUUUUCGUAUAUAGAUGAGUUGUCUUGAAACCAAGAGUUAUUAUUUGAUGAAUCGUUACUAAUUUGAAAAAAAACAUAGAAUGUCGUGAAUUCGAGCGACUGGACUGAAUGAUAAUAAUAAUGUAUAAAAGAAAAAUCCAUUGUUAUUGUGUACCUUUUUUUUAUAUAUAUAUUAUAUAGAAAGAUGUUCAAACGGUGAUUAAAACAAUUGGGAAAUUUUGAUCUCCCAUCACCCAUUAUGAAUAUUUGUAAAAUGAAAGUUUACAAUCUUUCGCUUUGUUCGUUUUGUACAUAAAAUAAUACCCUCGAAAAAAUUAAGAGAGAAAAAACAAGUAAAAUCGACAAAAGGGAAUAUAAAUAUAUUUUUAUAUAUAAAUAUUCGGUGCCAAUGUUUUUUUUUGUUUUUGUUUAAGUAACAUAUAAAUAUGUUCUUCCAUUUAUAUGAAAUUUGAGUGUUAUUUCUAAUUAUAAAAAAGUAAUUUAUUAAAUACUUUAUAUUAUGUAAGUCGUUUUGUAUAGCUAUUAUAUAAAAUUAAGGAAAUCAAAAUCAAAUAUUUGAUUAAUGCGAAAUGUUUUGUAUUCCUUUUUGUUGUAUUGAGGGGAAAAUAUUUAUAUCUUUGGUGAAUUGUAUUUAUACUAAUAAAGAAAGAAACAAAUAAUUGCGCAUUUUAAUUAUCAACGUGUGCAAAUAAAAAAAAAAGAAUUGAAAUGACAAUUGAAAAGAUCCGAUGUAUUGUAUAUAUACAUAUCAAAAGAAAAAUAAUAUUUUUAAGUAAUUGCUCAGAACUUGAAUUUGAAUAAACUUGAAAUCCCUUAAUUUUUCAAGGGAAAUUUUAAAAGAAUACAAUAAGUUUACGUGGAUUUAUUUUUAAAUAUAUUUAAAAGUGCUGAACACAAAAAAUAACAGAAAAGUAUCCACGUAAAUUUAAUGUUCAAUUCUCAGUUUUGACUUGGGAAUAAAAACUAUUAAUUAUUAUCAUUCUUAAUUACGUUUGAUAACAAGGUAACGUUAUAUGUUAUUAAGAAAUAUGUAAUAAAUAUUUCAAUUAUACUUUUAAA